UUCAGCGCAGAGUCGAGCCGGAACAGCGCUGCGAGCGAAACGUACUUGUCGAGAGAGUAAAAAGAGACUUUUUCAAGUUGAGUGCGACGGUUCUCGAAAAUAUAACACUCAUUCAUAUUGUAUACGGUUGUGGAGAGAGAAAGAGAAAAAUCUUAGUUCGAGUUGUCGGUUUUACGGGCAGUGCGCAAAGUUUAAUUAAGAAAAAAAUAAAUUUUUUUCAAAGGAAAAGUGAGCAAAAUUAUUAAAUAAAUAAGGAUUUAUCAGAAUGUCUACGGCGGUGAUGUCACAAAGUGCCAUGUAUGAAUUCGGGGAUAUUAUUAAGAAUUCACAAUCUGAAUUGUCUUCAGGAGUGCCGUUGGCGGUGGGAGCCCCAGCGGCGAGAUACAAAUUAACACGUAUGCCAUCGACUCCCGUGGGUUCCUCCUCGACGGCGGCAAAUUUGGUCUCUUUAAUAACGAUGACGACCAAUAUACAAGUACAACAGCAGCAGCAACAACAACAUCGAAGGUUGGAGAGGACGCAAUCCGCCCCGGCGCCAUCCGCGGCGGUUGCGGCGACAACCGUAAAUACUUCAAGGUAUAAAACGGAGUUGUGUCGACCGUAUGAGGAGUUCGGUGUUUGUAAAUAUGGAGAUAAGUGUCAAUUUGCUCAUGGAGUUGCCGAGUUGAGAAGUCUCGCGAGACAUCCCAAGUACAAGACGGAGCUCUGCAGGACGUACCACACGGUCGGGUUCUGUCCGUACGGUCCAAGAUGCCAUUUUGUGCACAACCAAGAUGAGGUGUUGCAACAACACGGAAGGGUGCAACAUCAUCAACAACAACAGCAACAUCAAGUUAGUGCGGCUUUGAUUGGUGGCAGGCCGGUAACGAGGCCGAGGCCUGUCGCAUUGAGCCCUUCGUUAUCUUUGGAUAGUCCAAGUCCACCAUGUAGUUUAAGUCAGUCUCCUACCUCAUCGAUGGGUUCUUUUUUUAGUAGCGAACCAGAAUUACAUAGUCCAGGGAUCGAAGAGCAAAGAUUACCAGUUUUUAACAGAUUAGCAGCACCUCUUCUCGCCCUUGGAGAUCUCAGGCUAUAGAUUACUAUAGCCUGAAGUUUUUUUACACGUUUUUUCAAAUCAAUUUUUUACUUUAAUAUUUUUGGGAAAAAACCACUCAACUUUUUGCAUUUUCUUUUAUUUAUGAUCCGCGCGUCUAAUUUAUUUUUUAAUAAGGUCAUUAAAUGAUAACAAUCAAACCUUCUAAUAAAGGGGGGAAAGUGAUUUUGAUAUUUUUGUGAUUUCUUUCUAAUAAUAUAUAUAUAUAUAUAUAUAAAUAUAUAAAAUAUACAAUAUUAUCUAUGAUUUAGGAGUAAACGUUUGCCUGUUAUAUUGAGAGGAAAAAACUUUGGAAAGAUUUUUUUUAGAAUAGAUUAUUUAUUUUUUUUAAACAUCGGUCUCGAUCUUGAACAUUCCGUUUUUUUUUUAAUUUUUCAAGGCUCAUUCAUUUUCCGUUCUACUUUUUAUAAACAAAAAAUGCAUCUGACCGAUGAUUGCGGAAUUUUGAUUUUUUACUUUGUUACUUUAAAAAAAUCAUUAUUUAAUUUCUCGUGUUUCUCACUACUGAUAUGUUUAUGUUUUUAUAUAGUUAUUUUAUUAUUAUUGUAAUUUAUAUUGUAACUUAUUUAUAUACCGCAAUAAUUAUCGUAGUUAAGUGACUAGUGUGAAUCAUCGCAUUAAAAAUAUCAUCCUUUCAAAAAAUGGGACAAUUCGUAACAUUUGUCCACUACCUGUAUAUUAUUUAUAUUAGCUAAUAUGUAUUUCUAGAAUAAUCAAUAAAUUAUAUUUUGUUCUUAA